AGUUCAGCUGUAAAUACUGGAAUAUUCCCAUCAGUCUACAAGUAAAGACGAGCAUCAGACCAUCAGGAAGAAGAGAAAUCUGCAAAGACAGAGUUUAUUGAAGGACAGUGAGAAGAUGAGUGAUCCAGAACCCUGCAGAAUUAAACAGGAAGACACUGAAGAACUAAUAGAUGUGAAGGAGGAGAGUGAAGAACUGAAUGAAGAUGAGGAGAAACAUCAGGUCAAAAGUGAAGAAAAAACCCAAUCAGAGACUGAACAAAGUAUUUCAGUGAAAGCAACAGCGGUAAAUAGUUUGACCUGCACUCAGUGUGGAAAGAGUUUCACCCGCAAAAGCGGUCUCAAUGAUCACAUGAGGAUCCACACUGGAGAGAAACCUUUCAAGUGUCCACACUGCGACUGGAGAUUUAAUAGCUUAAGAAACCUCAAAUCACACAUAAGGCUCCACACUGGAGAGAAACCUCACCAGUGUUCACACUGCAGCAAGAGAUUCAAUCAUUCGGGACAGCUAAAAUCACACUUGAGGAUCCACACCGGAGAGAAACCUUUUGAGUGUUCACACUGCGGCAAGCGAUUCAGUGUUUCAAAAAACAUGAAAGCACAUGAGAGAAUUCACACUGAAGAGAAACCGUAUCACUGCACUGCUUGUGGAAUGACAUUCUCAUAUUUGUCUUCUCUACAAAAACACACACUAAACUGUCAGAAUGUGACGGUGAAGGAGGAGAGUGAAGAACUGAAUGAAGAUGUCAAAAGUGAAGAAAAAACCCAAUCAGAGACUGAACAUAGUAUUUCAGUGAAAGGAACAGCAGUAAAUAGUUGGACCUGCACUCAGUGUGGAAAGAGUUUGAGCUGCAAAAGCGCUCUCAAUACUCACAUGAGGAUCCACACUGGAGAGAAACCUUACCAGUGUUCGCACUGCGGCAAGAGAUUCAGUAAUUCAGCAUAUCUGAAAUCACACAAGAGGAUUCACACUGAAGAGAAACCUUACCAGUGUUCACACUGCGACAAGAGAUUCAGUUUUUCACAAAACCUGAAGACACACUUGAGGACUCACACUGGAGAGAAACCGUAUCACUGCACUGCUUGUGGGAAGAGUUUCAGACAUAUGUCUUCUCUACAAACACACACAAGAAACCAUCACAAUGUGAUGGUGGAGGGGAGCGAAGAUAAGGAGAAACAUCAUGUCACUAGUAAACAAAAAACUUUCAACUGCACUGAGUGUGGAAAGAGUUUUAAGCGCAAAUACCAUCUGAUUUUUCACUUGAAGAUCCACAGUGGAGAGAAUCCUUACAAGUGUUCACACUGCGACAAGAGAUUCCGCUGUACAAAUGUCAGAAAAGCACAUGAGAUGAUUCACACUGGAGAGGAACUUUACAAGUGUUCACACUGCAACAAAACGUUCAGAUAUUCAGGACUUCUGAAAGUACAUGAGAGGACUCACACCGGAGAAAAACCUUACAAGUGUUCACACUGCGAGAAGAGAUUCCGCAGUUCAAGUGGCAAAAAAGUACAUGAGAGGACUCACACUGGAGAGAAACCUUUCCCGUGUUCACGCUGCAAGAAGCGAUUCCGUGACUCCAGACAAUUGAUUAAACACGAAAGGGUUCACACCGGAGAGAAACCGUAUCCCUGCAAUGCUUGUGGGAAGAGAUUCAGACAAUCAUCUACUCUACGAGCACACACAGUAAACAUUCACAACGUGAAGGAGAAGAUGGACAACCAUAGCAUCCACACAACAGAGAAACUACAUCUGUGUUCUGAGUGCGGAAAGAGUUUUGCAACACAGUCAUAUUUAAAUGCACAUCAGAAGAUCCACUUUGGAGAGAAACCAUUCACAUGCACUCAGUGUGGGAGGAGUUUCAGAUAUUCAUCACAACUGAAUGAACACAUGAUGACCCACACUGGAGAGAAGCCACACGAGUGUGAUCAAUGCGGAAAAAGAUUUUUGAAGGCUUCAAACCUGAAGGUCCAUUUUGGAGUUCAUACAAAGGAGAAGCCUUAUCCGUGUCCUGUGUGUGGAAAAAUGUUUGCACGUCCGUCACUUGUAAAAGAACAUGAGCAGAUCCACAUUGGUGUUAAAAAGUAUCAGUGCCUCGUGUGUGAAAAGAGCUUUCUUAGACCUGGAGCAUUGAAACAGCACCUGAAGAUUCACACUGGAGAGAGACCACACAAAUGUGAUCAAUGCGGCAGAGCGUUUGUGAGGUCUGCACAACUAAAGUGCCAUCUUAAAGUUCAUGCAAAGGAGACACAGUCAGUUCUUAGAUAGUAAAGAGUUUCACACUUUAAUCUACCUUACUGAAAACUCUAUUUACCAACAUCAGAUUUGAUAGUCAACUGUUAGUAUGUUAAUAAACCCCAAUCUUUUGUAGGACACACUUUAUCACAAUUAGUUCGGUUGCGCAAUUCUGAUUGGGCAGAACGAAAGUGUGCUCACUCAACUGUGUGCCACACAGAUGACCGUCACGCAUUUGCUCUGGGUGGGGGAAGUUAAUUAAUAUACAUUUCAUUUUGCAGAAUCUUGCGAUUAGCUAGUCGCAAUGUUUCAAAUCACGAUUGCGAUUCGAUUUUGAUUAAUCGCACAGCCCUAGUCACAACGUAUUGACGUCAUUUACGAUGAUGUAAUAACUAUAUUGUCAUUAGCCCAUAAACAUUUCCUGCUUAUUAUCAAGCUAUUUCAUAACUAACAAGAGGCAGUUCAAUCAUAACAUAAUGUUAAAACAGCUUUCAUAACAUUAUUUUUCAAUAAAUGACUCUUUUUGGAUUCUCGAAAGCUAUAAAAAUGAAAAAAUAUACAACAGAAAAUACAUUGGGACCAUUGUUUUUGUUUACAUCUCUCAUAUUGUCCGGGGCUGGGACUCAACAUAUAAGAAAUAUAGAGUAUGUAUGACUGUAUACCAACAUCGUUUUUCAUUAUGUUAGCUUUUAAGUAGGCUAGUCAUUUUUAAAUGUGUAUUAAACUCUUCAUUAAUUAUUUUAAACUUUAUUAUCUUGUGCUAUUUAGUAAAAACGUUUGUUCGCUGAUGGUAGUUACUCAAGGAACAUAUAAUUUUGGUGAUGUCUGUCAGCCAUGAAGGAUUACGUUUGCUUAGUAAUUAUUGCUGCUUUGCUUUUAGAGUGCUUAAUAAACAGUAUUUUCACACACUGA